AUGCCUGACGAAGCUCUUGUCCUCACGUACAUCAUCUCGCAAUCUACCCUGCCGAGGCCAGGUCACAUCGUACUCUUCUCCCCAGACGCAGACCUCACUUACGCCUCCUCCACCUCCGUACCUCACGACAUCAUACCUCUAUCAAGUUACCAAGCCUGUUCUUCUCAAUAUCUAGGCAAUUUCCCUGCCAACGACCCUCUAGCAUCAGGCAUCUUAAUUCCAUUCACUGCAAGCUGGCCGAAGACAUUGGUGAUGACCGGCACAGCUGAUAAUGUUGCUGAGAGCUCACGGAAAAUCGUGAGUGGUAUCCAAGAUGCGGGCGGGAUAGCUGAGCUUGUGGAGUAUGCGGAUUUGACGCAUGGGUGGUGGAUGUUUCCUCAUGUCUUUCCUCAGUCGGACGAUGGGCUGGAGAGGCUUGCAGUUUUUGUAUACAAUUAAAUGGAUUGUAGAUUAGCGUGUGCAUGUAACUCGAUGACGAUUGUACCUUCUGCUGCAAAGCAAUCUAUCGUGGUCAUCCAGGGCACUUUCGGAUUUCUGCCGUUGUACUUACUAGCAGCACCGAAGUUAGUCGGAGUCUGUCUGAGCAAAACACCAUCACAC